UUAUUUCUCUGUUGACAUAAAAAAUGUGUGAAUAAAAAAUAUUCAUCAACAGAAGGAAAUAUAUCUCAUCCAUUUUAAUUUUUCUUGUGCUAAUUAAAAAGUGUAGUAGUAAUAUAUUUUUCCAAAUGCUGCAGUAAAGUUUAAUCUCUUGAUUAAUCCCUCUCUUCUGGGUUUCUUCAAAUAUCUGUCUUUUGGGAUUCGUGCAAGUGUCAAGUCUACUUGGUUGAAAGUUUAUGGUUGAUUUGGUUUGGACUUUGAAGUGUGUGUGUUGGCUUUGAAAACUAUAGCUCAAUCUCUUGGAUCCUGAAUCGUUAAUUAUCUCAGUUUAAUCGGUGAACAUAGAGCUUAGCUGCUUGGGAUCCGUUUGGCUUUUUUUUCUUGCUGGCUUCAGAUUCCGAGAGGACGGUUUAAAGUUUCAAGCUUUUCAUUUCUCUGAAUCUGUCCGUGUAUUUUGGACGGCUUGGUCUGUGUCUGCUCUCCCGGGGUAUGAACAGAGCAACGGUCUCAGGAGCUAUCGCAUCGAGUUUCUCAUUGACAGAUGCUGUUGGUCCGGAAGCUUUAAAUAUGCAGAGGGGCAGUGGCAUCAAUAAUAUGCGUAUCCCAACAUCACCAAUGUCUUUCUCCUCGAAUAGCAUGAACAUGCCAGGUUCAUUGGUUCCUGAUGGGUCUGCUUCUAUGCAACACUUACCUCAGCAGCAGCAGCAGCAGCAGCAGCAAUUACAACAGCAAGCUGGACAAGGUUCAGGUCCAGUGAGGGAGAACAAUUAUUCCCAUGUCGAUAAGAAACCCAGAUUAGAAGUGAAACAAGAGGAUAUAUUGCAGCAGUUGAUCCAGCGUCAGGACCCCACCGGAAGGAAUCCACAGUUGCAAGCUUUGCUUCAGCAGCAGAGACUAAGGCAACAUCAGCAGAUUCUUCAAUCCUUGUCACCCUCUCAAAGGCUCCAACUUCAGCAACAGCAGCAGUUGAGACAGCAAUUACAGCAACAAGGCACUCAACAGAUUCUUCCUAAUGUACGUCCUUAUGAAGUUGGGGUGUGUGCUCGGAAAUUGAUGAUGUACUUGUAUCACCUGCAGCAACGACCAUCUGAAAAUUGCAUUACCUAUUGGAGGAAAUUUGUGGCGGAAUACUUUUCUCCUCGCGCAAAGCAAAGAUUGUGCUUGUCACAGUACGAAAGUGCUGGGCACCAUGCACUUGGCAUGUUUCCACAGGCAGCUCCGGAUAUGUGGCAGUGUGAUCUUUGCGGCACCAAAUCCGGAAAAGGAUUUGAGGCAAAUUUCGAUGUGCUAGCCAGACUUAUUGAAAUCAAAUUUGCGAGUGGCAUCAUUGAUGAGCUCUUAUAUCUGGACCACCCACGAGAAAACAGGUUUCCCAAUGGACUGAUGAUGUUAGAAUAUAGAAAAGCUGUUCAGGAAACUGUACAUGAGCAAUUUCGAGUUGUCCGUGAGGGCCAUCUUCGCAUCAUAUUCUCUCAAGAUCUGAAGAUACUGUCUUGGGAGUUUUGUGCUCGGCGUCAUGAAGAGCUUCUUCUUCGCAGACUUAUUGCUCCACAGGUGAACCAGUUGCUUCAGGUUGCACAGAAAUGCCAGAGCACGAUUUCAGAGAGUGGGUCAAAGGGAGUUUCUCAGCAGGAUUUACAGUCAAACAGUAACAUGGUCUUGGGAGCAGGACGGCAGCUAGCAAAGUUUAUGGAAUUACAGUCGCUGAAUGAUCUUGGCUAUCCAAAAAGAUAUAUCAGAACUCUACAGAUAUCAGAAGUUGUCAAGAGCAUGAAGGAUCUGAUGAAUUUCACUGCCGAUCACAAAAUUGGCCCUAUUGAGGGGUUGAAACAGCUUCUGGAACAGACGGCGACCGUGAAGCUCCAGAGACAGAAAAUGCAAGAGCUGGAGCAGUUUGGAAAUACUGGAGCUAUGAGUGGCCCAGCUCAAGCUCAAAUGGCCUUGUCUUCAGGAACGAUGAACGGCUCAACUGCCAACAACUCCAAUAAUCACCAUCAAAUUGUUGGUCGUGGAGCUAUGAAUGGCUCAGCUCAGGCUGCAGCAGCUCUGACCAAUUACCAAAGUAUGCUUAUGAGGCAAAAUGGUAUGAAUAACCAAAACUCAAAUACGGGCAAACAAGAGGGGUUCUCAAGUCAGAAACCAACCCCGAACCCAAACCAGAGUCCAUCUUCUUCGUCUCAGCAGAGUCAGAACUUAGCUACUGGUGCAUUUCCCAGCUCUCCUCAAAUGGAACAGCAGCAGCACACCAUGAAUGGCGGUCCCAACAUGCUUCCGCAGAAUCAUCCUCAUCAUUUGCAAUCACCACAUUCACAUGGUAACAAUCAGGAACAGCAGAUGCUUCAGCAGCUGUUGCAGGAGAUGUCUGAAAAGGGAGCGAGUGUGCAACAGCAACAAGCCUUUUCAGGUCAAAGUGGUAGCAACAGUAACACAGAGAGAAACACAACUGCCUCUAAUCCCAACAUCUCAGGAGGAGGUCGAGUUCCAAGCCGCAAUAAGAGUUCCAAAGCAGCCUCAAACAACAACCUUCAUUCAGAAGAUAUAUCACUUCCAGAAAUAUCUCAUGAUUUCUCAGAAGAUGGCUUCUUCAACAACAACGAUAUCUAUGGUGGCUUGUAAUAUCCAAACAGAAACAGAUGCAUAGGUACUUUGACUAACACAGUGAAAGAGAGUUUAGGCUUCUUUUUCUCAUUUAGGUUGGUUUGGUCUUUGUAUAGAAAGUUAGAAACCAAAGAGAUAUGAGACCAACGAAGGAAUCUGUGAUUUAUUGUAAGCUACAUCUCCAUAGGCACUUUAGCUUUUCUCUGUUUAGUGAUAGUGAGAUGAAAUCUUAGAUUAUGUUACAUUUUU